ACAGUCCAAAGGAAAAAAAUCAUUUCCAUUCUUCCCGGAAAGCUGUAUCCACCAUCCCGAAUCUGAACAAUGGAGGAUGCAGAGGCGAUGGACUGACGAAUUAGAAGAAUUCUCCUAUCUCUGAGAGUGGAUCCCUAAUCAGAACAAAGCACUGUGCACUUGAGAUGGAAGUUUCCUGGGGAAGUGGCCAGGAAUCAAGGCGCCUGCUGCUCUCUUUUCUGCUCCUCGCAGCCUGGGAGGCGGGGAACAGCCAGCUCCACUACUCCGUCCCCGAGGAGGCCAAACACGGCACCUUCGUGGGCCGCAUCGCUCAGGACCUGGGGCUGGAGCUGGCAGAGCUGGUGCCCCGCCUGUUCAGGGUGGCGUCCAAGGACCGCGGGGACCUUCUGGAGGUAAAUCUGCAGAAUGGCAUUUUGUUUGUGAAUUCUCGGAUCGACCGGGAGGCGCUGUGCGGGCGGAGCGUGGAGUGUAGCAUCCACCUGGAGGUGAUCGUGGACCGGCCGCUGCAGGUUUUCCACGUGGAGGUGGAGGUGAGGGACAUUAACGACCACCCUCCGAUGUUCUCAGCAACACAAAAGAAUCUGUUCAUUGCAGAAUCAAGAGCUCUUGGCACUCAGUUUCCACUAGAGGGUGCAUCAGAUGCUGAUAUCGGAAUCAAUGCUAUGCUGACUUACAGGCUAAGUCCCAACGACUAUUUUUCGUUGGAGAAACCAUCAGACGAUGAACGGAUAAAAGGUCUUGGGCUUGUAUUACGAAAAUCCUUAGACCGAGAGGAAACUCCAGAGAUUUUUUUAGUGCUCACAGCCACCGAUGGAGGCAAACCCGAGCUGACUGGCACUGUUCAGAUACACAUCACGGUGCUGGAUGCCAAUGAUAAUUCUCCAGUCUUUGACAAACCUCUCUAUGCUGUGAAAUUACCAGAAAACGUACCAGAUGGAACAGUGGUAAUCAAAGUCAAUGCCUCAGAUUUAGACGAAGGCUUGAAUGGGGACGUUAUGUAUUCCUUUUCUACAGAUAUUUCACCAGAUGUGAAACGCAAAUUCCACAUAGAUCCAGUUACAGGACAGAUUACUGUAAAGGGAUACAUUGAUUUUGAAGAAUGCAAAUCCUAUGAAAUUCUUAUAGAGGGCAUUGACAAAGGACAACUCCCUCUCUCCGGACAUUGUAGAGUUAUUGUAGAAAUUGAAGACAUCAAUGAUAAUGUCCCAGCUUUGGAAUUCAAAUCUCUGUCCCUUCCAAUCCUAGAGAAUGCUCCAGUGGGCACAGUCAUUGCACUCAUCAGUGUGUCUGAUCGGGACAUGGGUGUCAACGGGCAGGUGACCUGCUCCCUGAGCCCUCAUGUCCCCUUCAAGCUGGUGUCCACCUUCAAGAAUUAUCAUUCACUUGUGCUGGCCAGCGCCCUGGACCGAGAGACCACAGCUGGCUAUAAGGUGGUUGUGACCGCCCGCGAUGGGGGCUCGCCCUCGCUGUGGGCCACAGCCAGCGUGUCCGUGGAGGUGGCUGACGUGAACGACAACGCGCCCGCGUUCGCGCAGCCCGAAUACACGGUGUUCGUGAAGGAGAACAACCCGCCUGGCGCGCACAUCUUCACGGUGUCGGCCAUGGAUGCGGAUGCACAGGAGAACGCGCUGGUGUCCUACUCUCUGGUGGAGAGGAGGGUGGGCGAGCGCUUGCUGUCGAGCUUCGUGUCUGUGCACGCGGAGAGCGGCAAGGUGUUCGCGCUGCAGCCUCUGGACCAUGAGGAGCUGGAGCUGCUGCAGUUCCAGGUGAGCGCGCGGGAUGCUGGUGUGCCUGCCCUGGGCAGCAAUGUGACUCUGCAGGUGUUUGUGCUGGACGAGAACGACAAUGCACCGGUGUUGCUUGGGUCUGGGAUGGGAGGUGCAGAUGGAGUGUUUAAUCAGUUGUUGCCUAGAUCUGUGGAUCCUGGUCAUGUGGUGGCGAAGGUGCGCGCAGUAGACGCAGACUCUGGUUACAAUGCUUGGCUGUCUUAUGAGCUGCAGUCUUGGCCAGGCACUACGCGCAGCCCAUUCCGUGUAGGCCUAUACACUGGCGAGAUAAGCACCACAAGGGCCCUGGACGAGGGAGAUGGGACUAGACAGCGCCUGCUGGUGCUGGUGAAGGACCACGGUGAGCCUCAGAUGACUGCCACAGUCACCGUGAUGGUGUCUCUAGUGGAAAAUGGCCAGGCACCAAAGGUCUCAUCGCGGUCUUCUGUAGGUGCUACUGUGCCAGAAUCAUCCUUAGUGGAUGUCAACGUGUACCUGAUCAUCGCCAUCUGUGCGGUGUCCAGCCUGUUGGUGCUCACACUGCUGCUGUACACCGCGGUGCGCUGCUCAGCUGCGCCCACAGGGGGCGUUUGCGAACCAGGGAAGCCGGUGCUGGUGUGCUCCAGUGCGGUGGGGACCUGGUCAUACUCGCAGCAGAGGCGGCAGAGGGUGUGUUCUGGAGAGGGUCCUCCCAAAGCCGACCUCAUGGCCUUCAGCCCGGGUCUACCUCCAUGUCCUGGAUCUGCAGAUGGAUUGGGAGAGCCAUCUGUUUCUUUGGACUCCCAUGAGAAGCCCCGACAGCCCAACCCUGAUUGGCGUUACUCUGCCUCACUAAGAGCAGGCAUGCACAGCUCUGUGCACCUGGAGGAGGCUGGCAUUCUACGAGCUGGUCCAGGAGGGCCUGAUCAGCAGUGGCCAACGGUAUCCAGUGCAACACCAGAACCUGAGGCGGGAGAGGUGUCCCCUCCAGUGGGUGCUGGUGUCAACAGCAACAGCUGGACCUUUAAAUACGGACCAGGCAACCCCAAACAGUCCGGUCCCGGUGAGUUGCCAGACAAAUUCAUUAUCCCAGGAUCUCCUGCAAUCAUCUCCAUCAGGCAGGAGCCUGCUAGCAACCAAAUUGACAAAAGCGACUUUAUAACCUUCGGCAAAAAGGAGGAGACCAAGAAAAAGAAGAAAAAGAAGAAGGGUAACAAGACCCAGGAAAAAAAAGAGAAAGGGAACAGUACGACCGAUAACAGUGACCAGUGAGGCCACCAAAUGGAAACAAGCCACUUAGCCAGUUUUUGUAAUAAUGGCAAAUCUCUCCCAUGUAGCAACUCCCUGCUCCUUUCUCCUAUGACAUGAGCCCUCUUAGAGACCUCAGAAAUCUGCAGAAAGUUCCCUGUGUCUGUCUUGAUCGAAUUGAACAGGUUUUGUCUUAAAAGCUUUCCUAAGUCUGGUGUUAACUCUUUCUCUCCACUCUGGCUUGUUUUCAGAACCUAAAAAGCAGACCCAAGUUUCCUUUCUCCUCCGCCGCAAAGGAGAGGCUUCCCAGCCCCGCCAGUGAGAGUUGGACUCUCUGCCCUGUGCUUCAGGCAUCUUGAUGACAUUUGCAGGGCAGUGAAAGGUAUUCAGGUUGAGCAGUUUGGGUGUUUGUGGUCACUGGAUAUACGUAGCUACCAUGAGCGUUCAAGAGCCUGAUACUGGCUGGGAUGGUUCAAAUUAGACUAGUUGACACAAGAAAGGCUGGGAAACAAAGAUACAGAAACAAUUGGAGUCUUUGGUCUGGAGGGGGAAAUGUGAAACCAAAAGGGACCAGACUUUCUCAACUCAAGGUGUGGUGGUCAUCUGCUAGCUGACAAAACCACCACCACUGACCAAGCUUUAGGAGUCCCUCAAAUCUGUUGGCUAUGUAUCGCUACACUCAAAACCUGUGUUAUGCACACAAGCCAGCAGUUCAAGUGUUUAACAGAGGGCCAGCCAGGGCAACAGAAGCAGACCUGAUGUGUUUCCUGUACAUGUCCUUGUGCUCACACUAUUAAAAAUUCUUUUGCACACAAUAUUUAUGAGAAGGACACAUCCUUUUCCAACAACACAUAUGCAAAAGCAAAAGAAACACCCAAACACCUCACUUUAUGCUGUUUGUUGUUUGAUAGAUUUAUUUAAAAAGAGAAAAUCUAUAGUUAUAAAUCUUUAAAGAAAUAUGAUAAACACAAUUCCCCCAACUCCCCUCAAAAGAGAAUCCAGUCUACAGCCAUUUAAAAUGAUCAUUGCUGCUACAGAAGUGCUUUAAGAGAAUUGCCUGGAACAUCUGUAUUAUACCGGCCACCUGCCAAUCACAGCUUUACUCUUUCAGGUCACUCUGGGGCUGCCUCUUGCAUGUAUUAAUUACUAAGUAAAAGGAUCUUUCUCUCUUUUCUAAGAAAAAUGAUGUGCACUUUGAUUACACAACCUUCUCUAACCCACUAUAUCAAGAUCCAGAAACUGAAGAAAAAUAUCGUUUUCUCAUACAUACAGUGAGCAGAUUUUUUUCAUUCCUCUGAUCCUGUGAUUGUCUCGGUGUGAUAGCCUACACCUUUGCCUUGUUUAGUUUUCCUUUUCUAUAACACUCUGAAUUGCUAACCUUACUAACACCUAUGAUGUUACCUGAAUCAAUCUCCCAUAUGUAUGCUGUAUGCUAUUAUAAGACUCCUGAGAUAUACUUACUCUGUGCUUGUGUAUGUGAAUGUUAAUGCAACUAUUACCUAGAGUGAACUUUAAGCUUUAUUGUUGAAUGUAAGCCCAUUAUAUUUCCUUUUGUACACCUGUGGAAAAGUGAAAUAGUGUUUUUUUUUAAACCAUUGUUAAUCAGCUUUUGUGUAUGAAAGACACAGUAAAAUUUCUUUCUUAAAUCAAGAUGCUGGUGAUUCAAGGAAUUUUAUUUAUGGUCAGCCAAGGGCUGUCUCUUGCCAAGACUCCUGCUGGCAAGGGAAAGGAUAAAGUUGUUUUUUUUCUAGUAACAAUUCUGGAAUAAAUACUGAAGAAAGUCCCUGAGGGUAUGCAAGCACAAAAUUGUACCAAUCUGACCUCUUUGAAUUUGUAGAUUCCUUUGAAAUGCUAUCUGGAAUAUCAGCUCAUAGAAAGUAAUAAAAUUUACUGUUACCAUUAAAUAAGACAUUUUAAGUUUGUUGUGCACAACUUAGAAGUUUGAUUAAUUAUAUUAUCUAUUUAAAGUUAAUAUAAAAAAGUAGGAGUCUGUUUUAAAAGGCAUAAAAAUCUAAAAACAAAAUAACCAAAAAAAAAAAAAAAAAAAAAACAAAACAAAACAAAAAAAAACCUGUCUUGUCUUUUAGCUUCAUUCUCCCAUAUUUUGAAGGGUGUGUAACUUCAGCUCUGCAGGAUUGCAUGGGGUAAAACUGUUGACAACACAUGUGAACCAUUGCUACAUUGUAGGUUGUGAUCAUUUUGCCCCACUGAAGCCCAUGUAACUGACCUUACGUGCCUUUUGAACUAGGAGAAUCGGGCUAAUUUAUUAAUGCUGAUAACUAUAAUGUAUAUGUACAGCACUUUUUAAAUUUAUGAAGUGCUUUCCAGUUCGUGUUAGUUACUAGUUAUUACAGCUGUAAGGAUAAAACACGUCAUGUGGAUUCAUUUUUAAUUGGUGCUAUUGGUAUUUCCUCUGUUAUUGCUAAUAAAUGGAAACGGUGGUGUGAAA